ACUGAAACUUGUGUCAUGUGAACACAAGAAUUGCAGCGAUUUAUUGCAUACAAAGACUUUUGUGCAGAUAUUUGCGCAUACAGGCAGUUGUGUGUGAAAGGGUGUAGAGCACAAUAAUUUUCGUGCAUGUGCGUGCCGUGAAGCGUUUUAUGUUGGUGCACGGCCGUGGUUGGUGAUACUGUCAUUGCAUGUCAGCAUCUUUGGUGGGACGUUCAAAUUUAAAUGACCGUAGUUGGUUUCUAUAUGUUUGUAAUGUUUUGUUGAUAUCGGUGUCGUAGUAUAGAGACAAUCGUUCCAUUUUUUUUUAAGAAAAUGAACGAGACGUACAUCGCAAGUAAUUCGACGCAGCAAGCAGCUUUAGAUGCAUACGUACAGAAGCUGAAAGAUCAAAUAGCACUACGUAAUGGAAAACCGAAGGAAUGGUGCCUUGAUGACUUCGAAAUAGGCUGUCCUCUAGGUGAAGGGAAGUUUGGACAUGUGUACAUGGCAAGAGAGAAGACAACAGGGACUAUAAUUGCGCUGAAAGUGAUGAUGAAAUCGGAAAUUACUGGUGCCAGAGUAGAAAGACAAGUUCUCCGCGAGAUAGAGAUACAGACACAUCUGAGGCAUCCGCAUGUCCUACAACUCUACACGUACUUUUAUGAUGAGAAGAAGAUAUAUUUAAUUUUAGAGUUUGCUGCUAAAGGAGAAUUGUACAAAGUGCUUAAUGCAAGCCCAAAUGGUCGCUUUGCUGAACCUGUAGCAGCAAGGUACAUGUAUCAGGUUGCAAAUGCUUUGCAAUAUUGCCAUGAAAAUAAAGUGAUUCAUCGUGACAUUAAGCCUGAAAAUUUGCUCCUUACUUCUGAUGAUAAAAUAAAAAUGGCUGAUUUUGGUUGGUCUGUACACGCACCAAGCAAUCGGCGGAAGACAAUGUGUGGCACCUUGGACUAUCUUCCUCCAGAGAUGGUAGAAGGGAAGCCUUAUGAUCAUAAUGUAGAUAACUGGUGCAUAGGUGUCCUCUGUUAUGAAUUUCUUGUUGGGAAACCGCCUUUUGAAACAGAUUCUUCGAAAAAAACAUAUAGUCUGAUACGAGAAGUCAAAUAUAAAAUACCAGACUAUGUAUCAGAUUUGGCAAAGGAUCUGAUAAGUAAGGUUGCUGACGCUGAACGAGAGCUCUACACCGGCACACAGCGCCAGCCUCCGAGCAACAGAGCUGCACAACAUCAAAGGUAUAUCGUUACAGAGGAAAUGGUGUAACAUUAACGAUUCAUACACACGAGAAAAACGGAGAUUAACUAGUAAAAGUGGUUCUGCAACUGUGAGAAAGACGCCAUAUCUAUAUUUUAAUCUCCUACCAUUUCUAAAUAUUACUUCACUGUCGCAUACACACAGCAGCGUGUCACCUGAGAAUCAGGCCACAGCAGAAAGUGAAGUUCCAAGUGGGCCAUACCAGGCUAGGGAGCUCGGUAAGAAAAGGAGAGCAGAAGGCGAAAUUGGAAGACAAGUAAUCGAUAUUCUGCAGAAGCCAGGCUGCAACUGGACACACAACUGAUGACAGAUGAGGAGAGGAUUCUUUUUCUUGUCUUUGGUCUGUGACUUCAAAAAAAUAUUUGAAGUUGCCUGUAAACCGUCGAAUCUUAAGUAUUAUUGAAGAAGCUCAACCGCAUACUAACUGUCAAACACAUCUUCCUGUGAACAUUAUCUAGCGUACAUUUUUCACCGUCCACAAUCGUCAACUGGAUAUUCCUCACAUCACCAGCCUCUAUCUACAUCGUUAUCUUGUGAUGGAACAGGAUAUUGUCACACAACCUCCUCCUCCUCCUCCUCCACAGAAUAAUAAUUCAGCUCAGUCUCCAUCAGAAACCAUCGAUGACAGCAGUAUUGACAAUGGUUUUAUAUCCCCACUACUUACCUGUUUCGGUGAAUCAUCAAGUUAAUUUUACUUUCUACAUAAUGUAACAUUAACAAUUUCAUUAUUUUUAAAAUUUUUCUUUAAUAAAACUUACCAUAAUGUGAUUAGCAA